AUGACGAUAACAAAGACGGUUGUCGAGAAAUUCGACAGAAAUGUCAACUUCGGCAUGUGGCAGCUCAAGAUGGAGGCCAUUCUUGUUCAAGACGGAGUUGAUCUAGCGAUUCAUGGAAUCGAGAAUAAACCAGAAGAUGUAAAGGAUGCGGAUUUCGCUGAUAUGGAUAAGAAGGCUAGAUCCAGCAUAAUUUUGAAUCUCUCCGAUGAGGUAUUGCGUGAGGUAGCAACGGAGACUUCGGCCAAGGCUAUGUGGGAUAAAUUGAAAGCCUUGUAUAUGAAGAAGACAGUCGAGAAUCGGCUAUAUUUGAAGCAGAGUUUGUACAUGCUUCGGAUGUCUGAAGAUACAGACAUCACCAAAUUAUGGCAUAUGCGUUUGGGGCACAUGAGCGAAAAAGGCUUGGGCAUACUAAGCAAAAGAGGACUUCUGUGUGGACAAAGUACCGGGCCAUUGGAAUUCUGUGAACAUUGUAUUUUUGGGAAGCAGAAAAGAGUCAGCUUCAGUUCACCAGCAAUUCACAAGACAAAAGGUACUCUUGAUUACAUUCAUUCAGAUCUAUGGGGUCCUUCUCGUGCUCCUUCUAAAGGUGGUGCCAGCCGCCGUCAGCUAAGAAAAUUGUUGGAUGCAAAUGGGUCUUCAAGAAGAAGGAAGGUAUUCCAGGGGUUGAAGAUGCAAGAUAUAAAGCACGAUUGGUUGCAAAGGGCUAUAGUCAGGUAUGGAAAGAAAUAUGGACUUUCCAGUGGAGCAAAUUUAUCCUUAGUUGCAAUGCCAGAAAGAAUUUCAUAUUUCGAACUUCUAAAAGCAACUAAUGGGUACAGCGAAAGCAAUUUGUUGGGAACUGGAAGCUUUGGAUCUGUUUAUAGAGGUACUCUUGAUGAUGGAAGGGUCGUGGCUGCUAAAGUUUUCAAUUUACAAGUCGAAGGGGCAUUCAGGAGUUUUGAUGUAGAAUGUGAAGUACUGCGCAAUCUUCGCCAUAGAAACCUCACAGGAGUCAUCACCAGUUGCUCUAACCCUGAGUUUAAGGCAUUAGUGCUUGAGUUCAUGCCUAAUGGGAGUCUUGAGAAGUGGUUGUAUUCGCACAGCUAUUUUCUGGAUCUAAUGCAGAGAUUAGACAUAUUGAUUGAUGUUGCAUGUGCAUUGCAAUAUCUCCACUGUGAGUAUUCAACUCCAGUAAUUCACUGUGAUUUGAAACCGAGUAAUGUUCUGCUGGAUCAAGACAUGGUUGCCCAUCUAAGUGAUUUUGGCCUUACAAAGUUGUUGGCUGAGGAUAACAGCAUCACACACACCGAAACACUAGCCACACUUGGCUAUCUCGCACCAGAGUAUGGAUUGGAAGGAUUAGUAUCAACAAAAUGCGAUACCUACAGUUUUGGAAUUAUGAUGAUGGAAGUCUUCACAAGAACAAAACCUAAUAGUGAAAUGUUUGGCGAAAACUUGAGCUUGAAGAGUUGGGUGACUAAUUCAGUACUUGAUGGAUUAGCUCAUGUAAUCGAUGCUAAUUUGCUGAAGGAAAAUGAUGAAUACUUUGUUGAAAAGCUAAGCUGUAUAGCCUCAAUCAUGAAAGUGGCUCUGGACUGCACGAUGGAAUCUCCAAGAGAGAGAAGCAACAUACAAGAUGUUCUUGUUGUGCUCAAAAAAAUCAAGCUUCAGUAUUUAAGUGCCCUCCAUUCAAGGACGUCUUAA